UUACCAUUAGGAACACACAGUCACAAAAUGGACGAAGCGGAUUUCUCACUCUUCGGUAGCAAGAACAAGCACAAGAAAGACAAAGCGGAUGCCACACAAAUCGCCAAGACGCCCACUUCGGAGGCCGAUCUGAGGCGUAUCAUUAUAUCCCGGCCCACAACCGAUGACACCUACGAGAAUUGUCCCCGUGCUGGCAUAGCCUUGAUUCUCAAUCAUAAGGACGUCAAGGGUCAGAAGCAACGCGUGGGCACAGAACGUGAUCGGGAUGUUAUGCAGAACACUCUACUGAGCUUUGGUUUCGAUGUGAGAGUGUAUAAUGAUCUGACCUUUGAGGAGAUCAACAAACUGCUUAAAGAAGUGGCUCGUGAGGAUCACAGUCAAAAUGAUUCCUUUGUGCUGACGGUCAUGUCUCAUGGCUCUGAGGGCAAGGUCUAUGCCAAGGACAUGUCGUAUCCGGUGGAACGUUUGUGGAAUCCUUUUCUGGGCGACAACUGCAAAACGUUGGUCAAUAAACCAAAGAUUUUCUUCAUUCAAGCCUGUCGUGGUGAGAAUUUGGAAAAGGCCGUGGAGUAUACAUCCACGUUUGCCGUAAUGACCAGAGAUCUUGGACCAGCACCAGCUGCUCCGGCGGCCCCUCAGCCUGUUACCUAUGCCAUUCCCAGUACAGCUGAUAUGCUUGUCUACUACUCCACAUUCGAGAAAUACUUCUCCUUUCGUAAUGUGGACGAUGGCUCUUGGUUUAUACAGUGCCUGUGUAGAAUUCUUGAUCUAGCCGCCUGUGACGAGGCUCUGCGGCCCGAAGGAGUUGAAUUGCUGCGUCUCCUGACGGCUGUUAAUCGAAAGGUAGCCUACGAGUAUCAAUCGAAUACAAAGAACGAGGCUCUCAACCAAAUGAAGGAAAUGCCAAACUUUAUGUCCACUCUGACAAAAACUUUUCAGUUGCGUGUAAAGCCCAAGACAUAAAGCUAACAUCAAUUAAUGAAAUCGGCGGAAGGUGGAGUUGAGUCAGCAGAGAACAGAAGUAUAUAACAACAAUUUGUAUUAAUAAUAAUGUUUGCUAUUUGUUUAUAUGUA